GUCUUGAUAGAACUGGUUAUUCUUUGGAUCCAGCUAACGAAUGCUAAAGUAAAGAGCCGAAGGAGUCUGCGAACGAACGUUCGAAUAGUGAAACAAACGUAUGAGAACAAGGCUUCGUUGUCACUAGGUCACCAUACAUAAACCAAUAUGCCGAAUUCGUCCGCAAUACCCCUGGAUUUGGACUGGGUAAACUCGUCGCAGGUGAACUUAUACUCUGUGAAGGAAACAUGUGCAAAUAUUAUACGUCGCCGUUGUGUGACAGAAGCAAACGCAAUAGCCUGGCAUUUGCGUGCCAUUACGUGCAUCGACCUUACGACACUCUCAGGCGAUGACACUCCAUCCAAGAUAUUCAGGUUGUGUUCAAAAGCGGUGGCUCCCUUGUGUAAGGAGAUCACGGAUUUCAUAGGACUAUCGGUAACCACUGGAGCAGUCUGCGUUUACCCAGCUAGAGUAGCUGAUUGUGUGCAGUCAUUCAAAGACCUAGGUGCAGCUGUGCCUGUUGCAGCUGUUGCCACAGGCUUUCCUACUGGACAAUACAGCCUGUCAUGUCGCUUAGAAGAGAUCAAAUAUGCAGUUGAAGAAGGAGCCUCUGAAAUUGACAUAGUCAUAAAUAGAGCAGCAGCACUCCAACACGAUUGGGAACGAGUCUAUGAAGAAAUUGUGGAUAUGAAACGUGCCUGUAAACGGGCGAACCUUAAAGCCAUCCUUGCCACUGGUGAACUUGGUUCGCUGCAGAAUGUGUAUAAAGCAUCCCUCGUAGCGAUGAUGGCCGGAGCGGACUUUAUUAAGACUUCGACUGGGAAGGAAAACGUAAACGCGAAUCUGCCUGUAGGUCUUACAAUGCUUAGAGCCAUUGAGGAGUUCUAUCAGGAAACCCACAGAAAGGUGGGCUUUAAGCCAGCUGGUGGCAUACACACCGCCAAGGAUGCCCUUAAUUGGCAACUCUUGACCAACGCGAUCCUUGGCGAAAAAUGGCUUUACAACGAUCUUUUCCGUAUCGGUGCUAGUGAUCUGCUGGGCGAUCUUGAGAAGCAAGUGUUUGUUUACGCUACUCGCAGCGUCUGGAAGUCCUGACCUCUGUAACAAGUGGCAACUCAAAGUAUAUUAAUGCGUAACUAUAAUGAUGAACAUCCAGAAAGGAAAAUCGAACUUCAAGAACUUGCAGCAAUUUAAGAAACUUCUGAUUUUUUGACGUAUUAUAUUAGGUAGUCAAAAGAUCGCCACUGCCAUUAUAAAUGAAUAGGAAGACCAAGGGUGCGCUAGACUCAACGUAACGAUAAAUCCUUAUAGAACACUGAAUUAUGUACGGACUCUUGCUUCGAAUUCUUUCUGAUCAGUACUUAAUUGACCCGACUAGCUAAAUUAAAUUUCAGAUGGUCCUAGCUAUUUUCA